UCAGAGGAUUUAGGACUUUGGAGAGAACUGAUUUUAGCAACAGACUCUAAAAAGAUGUGUGUUGGGAAGUGUGCAAGGUGCAUUGGUUCGCUGCUUCUCACUUUGGCAAUACUUUGUAUUGUAGCAAAUAUCCUUCUUUAUUUUCCUAAUGGAGAAACUAAGUAUGCUUCAGGCAAUCUCUUGAGUAGAUAUGUGUGGUUUUUCGAAGGCAUUGGAGGAGCUGGCUUGCUGAUGCUUAUUCCAGCCUUUGUGUUUAUUGGAUUAGAGAAUGAAGAUUGUUGUGGCUGCUGCGGCCAUGAGUCAUGUGGGAGAAGCUGUGCUAUGUUGUCAUCAAUUCUCGCAGCUCUAAUAGGGAUUGCUGGAUCCGGUUACUGUCUAAUUAUCUCAGCAUUGGCUUUAGUUGAAGGGCCCUACUGCUCUGAUGGCAGCGUAUGGAGUUAUAUAUUCAAGGGAACAAAUGGAGGAUAUCUGGGGGAUCAUGCAUCUUGGUCACAGUGCGCAGAACCAAAGAAUGUUGUUGUGUGGAAUGUCACACUGUUUUCUAUCCUACUGGGUCUGUCUGCAAUCCAAGUCAUUCUCUGCUUUAUCCAGAUCAUAAAUGGCUUCGUUGGAAGCAUUAGUGCUUGCUGUGGUGAACAGAAAUCACAGGUGAAUAUUGUUUUAUUUUUGCAUUGA